AUGGCGCUGAUACAGACCUCUCUUAUCUGGGUCGCCUACGCCGUGGCCGUAGGGAUUCUCUUCCUCAUCGCGUCCACAUUCGUCUACGUCUACCAAAAGCCGCGCGAUCGCGCUGCUGCCGUCACCAUCGUCUGCAUCUUCACCACACUCGCGCUGCUUGCAACCGUCCUGCUCAUUCCCGUCGACGUCGCUCUCGUCUCGUCUACCUCGAGAUCCAGUCUCGGCCGCAAGAAGGACUGGGCGACGCCUGAGAAGGUCGACAGCAUUGUCUACACGCUGCGCAUCGUCUACUACACCCUCUACUCGCUCGAUGCGAUUCUCUGUCUUCUAGUCAUCCCUUUUACCUACUUUUGGUACGAGGAAUACGAUGAGGAUGCGGCUGAGCACGGCGAGCAAACCGCUGGCCAGCGCAUUGGCGGUGCUCUGAAAUGGACUCUCGGCUUCCUCAUCUUCGUAGUUGCCAUCUUCCUCGUUGGCUUCUUUGUUCCUUUCGCGAAGCAGGCCAAGGAUGAUAAGCGCCUUGAUCUCGACUACUUCAAGCACCUGCUGUCAGAGAACCAUGGCGAACGCGCCCUAUCCUUUGGCCUCGGCUUCCUCAUCACCGUCGGAACCGUCCUUUUCGUGCUCUACACCGGCGCUGGAAUGGCCCUCCUCCCCGUCGCCAUGAUCAAGUCCGCGCCCUCCGUCUCGGCCCCAACACUCGCCGCAAACACAGCAUCCCAGCUAGAAAACAACCGUGAGCGCCAGCGCCAACUCGAAGGCCGCAACGAAGGCAGUGAAAACGGCCUGGACAGCAGAGACAGACGCGAACUAGAAGCCCUCGUCCGCGAAGAGCGCACCCUCAUCCGUCGCGAGCGUCUUGCCGCCGAAUCUAGCGGCGAAGACCGCCACUGGAUCGUCAAGGCAUGGAUCAAAACUGAAGCCUUCUUCCGGCCCCUUAAGCUCGUCGGCGGCCUCAUCCUCAUGGUCUUCGCCCUUGUCAUCUUCGCCAGCAUGCUCAUCACCGGUAUCGACAAGGCCAAAAACUCCAUCUGCGGCGCCCACUGCGGCUACAUCCUCGGCCACAUCAACAUCUUCCAGCCCCUAAACUGGAUCCUCGUCAAGUCCGCCAAGGUCUUCCCCAUCGACUAUGUCCUCUUUCUCCUCCUCGUCUUGUUCUUCUUCUCUGCCUCUGUCGUUGGUGUUGCGACGGCCGGUAUCAGAUUCCUUUGGAUCACCAUUUUCAAGAUUCGCAAGGGACAUACUUCGCCUCAGGCACUGCUCAUGGCUACCGUCCUCCUUACGCUCAUCACCCUCGCCAUCAACUACUCCGUCGCCAUGGUCGUCGCUCCCCAAUACGCUACCUGGGGCCCGCAAACAUACUGCGACAUGAAGACCAACUCUCUCGACGAACAACCCGAUUGCACUGAGCAUAAAGACCUCAUCAAGCCCUGCAGCGAACUCGCCACUAACCCCUCGGCGCAGAAUGUCUGCACGCCCUCGGUCCUUUCUACCUUUAUAAACCGUGUCACAAUCAACUUCCCCUUCUUCGGUGUUGUGCUCUUCUGGGCCCAGUUCGCCUUUUUGGGUGUUUACCUUGUUGUUUUCCUGACUACACUGUUCAAGGCGCCAUCCCUCGACCAGGAGCAAAUCGACCGCGACCUUGAGGAGGAAGAGGAGGAGGGUCUCUUGGCUAGCACUGGGCGUAGAUUUGGUGCUGCGUGGAGUGAUGUCACUGGUCGCGCCAGGAAGCCUGCGGGCUAUGGCGCUACUGACAGAGACGACAGGAUUCAGUAG